UUUGGCCGCCCUGACAAAGACGAAUCGGACACGUAACUAUCCGCUGGCAUAAGUAGCCGUGAAAAUGCAAGAAUUUAGUGAGAAAGUGCAAAGUGCCUAUGAGGAGAAGCUGGGCAGACAUUUGGUGGCUAGUAUAAAUAUUGAAGCCGGCGAGACGUUACUGGAGGAGGCACCGCUGCUGGUGGCACCCCACUGGGAAUGUGGCCAACUUAAAUGUGCCCAAUGUCUUCAGGAAUCGUACAUCAUAUGCAAGAGGUGUCAAGUUUAUCCCUUGUGCAUGGAUUGCGACGAACACGACGAUUUUGAAUGUAAGUUCUUUAGCACUGGCGCAGGUUGUGCUAUUAACAAGGAUCUACUGGUCAAAAACUAUGGGGUUUGUGCACUGCUUAAGCUGCUGCUGCUUCUGGAGAAUCCGGAGACUCGUGCCAACUGCCAAACGCUCAUAGAGAAGCCCAUCAAAUUGGAGGACUAUCGCCACAACGACGGCGGCAUGUGGCAGGAGCACGAAGAGCAACUGGUUAAGCCAAUAAUGUCCAGCGGCUUGCCAGAGGCAAUAAAGUUCCAAGAAGUCACAUCGGAUCUGAUACAUGCCUAUUGUAUACGUAUCGAUAGCCACGCCUUUGAGGUGACCGCACGCGAUGGGGAUACGUUAAAGGGUGUUUAUAUAUGCGGUGCCAGUUUGCCUCAUCACUGCGUGCCCAAUACGGUGUUGGCCCUGGACGAGCAAUUCAACAUGAAGCUCUACGCCGCCGUACCGCUCAAAGCCGGCGACAUUAUUUACAACUCGUACACAAAUCCAUUGAUGGGCACCACUCAGCGGCAACAUCAGCUACGGCUGAGUCGGCAUCAGGAGUGCAGCUGCUCCCGUUGUCUGGAUCCCACCGAGCUGGGCACCCACAUGAGCAGCAUGAAGUGCAGGCAAUGUCCUGGUGGCUAUGCAAUCUGUGAUUUGAGCGGCAGUGGCGAUUGGGUUUGUGAGGGCUGUGGGGCAGUUCUGCCCGCCGCCGAGGUUCACGAGCUACUGGCUGAAGUAGGUGCCGCCUUGGUAGAAGUACAAGGAGAAUUGCCUGUCUUUGAGGCUUUGCUGGCACAAUACAAACCUCUACUGCAUCCGAAUCACUUCCUCUUGCUGGACAUCAAACAAAACAUAGCAAGUAUUUUGCGUGCAGCCAUACUGAUGAAUUCCCUGGCAGAACCUUGCAAGAAGCUGCUGGAGCGACGUGUUCAGUUGUGUGGCGACUUACUGCCAGUCACCCGCGCCGUGGUGCCAGGCAUUUCUAAAUUGUAUGCCAUCGCCUUGUUUGAGUUUCUACUGGCCUCUGUAGAUCUAAGUGAGAUGCAAUUCGCCGAAAGCGAUGUGACCAAGCAGGAAUAUGUAGCGCAACUAACUCGCUUACGAGCUAUUGGUAAAGAGGCAUUGGAUUUAUUGCGUCUUGAGCCGGAAAAUUCAGCAGAAGGCUAUCUAGUGGAGCGCAUUGGCAUGGAGCUUGAGCGCAUAGAAUCGGAUUUAAUGAAAUACGGACGGCUUUAAAAACAUAUUUAUAUGUAUAUAAAAAACAGGAAAAGAAAAACUAAAAUUU